AUGAGUGACGGCAAAACGGACAAGAGAGCGCGCCACAGUGCUCUGGAACGAUGUCGACGGGACCGCAUCACGUCCAGCUUCAGCAGCCUGCGGGACGCCGUGCCGUCUCUGCAAGGCGAGAAGGCUACGCGGUCGCAAAUCCUCAAGAAGGCGGCCGACUACAUUGAAUCCAUGCUGAGCAAAAACAAUGAUAACCAGCGCGACAUCCAGAAACUCUGGGCACAGAACAAGCUCCUCGAAGAGAAAAUCCGGAUGCGUGAGGAGGCUAAGAUGGCCGCCUGCAGCCGCGAGCGGAGCGGCUGGGCGCUCCACAAAGCUGCUGCUGCGCCGAAGCAAGGCGAGUGA